UUAACUUCUAUAAGGGUUUUCACAGGUCUCAAUGGAGCUCAGACUGCGCAGUGGUUACUAGCUCAGCUGCUAACCAAAAGGUUGGCAGUUCCAAUCCACCAGCCGCUCUUUGAAAACCCUGUGGGGGAGUUCUGCUCUGCGCUUAUAGGGUCGGUAUGAGCGUAUAUGAGUCGAAAUCAAUAUGACCGUAACGGGGCCAGUUUGGUUUUUAUGUGUCUGUAAUCUGGCAACAGAAGCAUUUCCCUGGACAGUUAAAAAAAAGGCAAAAAAAAAAAAAAAAGGCGAUGCAUGCCAUUAGCCUCGGGUUGAAUUCAGAGACGGUACAGCUGAAAACACCUCCUCAUGUGAGAACUUUGGGGCCUUUAGGGAGCACAAGGAUCCUGAAUCUCGCUACGGUAUGAAAUAAACUCCUCAAUGGCUUAACUUCCUGUAUUUCAGUUAGCGCUUGCGCAGCAGCCACAGAGAGGCCCAUAAAAAACAAAACCCAUUGCCGUGGAGUCUAUUCCGACUCAUAGCGACCGGACAGGAAGAGCAGAACUGCCCCCUUAGGGUUUCCAAGGAACGCCAGACGGAUUCCCACUGCCGACCUUUUGGUUAGCAGCCAAACAUCCCCAGGAGCGGGGAGACUGUCCCUCGGGCGCUUAAUUCCUCCCUCCCAGUUCACCCAAGCCCAGGCCACCUAGACCUUCUGCAUGCAGUUUGAGCCUCCUAGGCACCUGUAGUGUUUGGACUUUACACGUCAGCUGUCGGCUUCAGGAAGUAGUACGCAUGUGCUUUGUUUUUUUUUUUUGCAUGGAAGGUGCCCUUACUCUAGCAGCUCUAGGAGGAGGAACUGUGGCUGUCUUCAUAGCACUGCGGCUUUGGGUAGUGCUUCAUCAUCGAGUCGUGCCCCGUGAAUCUCUCAGUCUCUUGGUAGUGGCUGGGUCCGUGACACAUAUUUGCUGAAUGCCAACUAUGUGCCAGGGAUUGUUUGAGGCACUUGGGAUUCACCUGUGAACAAAGCAGACCUCCAGAACAAAAAAGUCCUCCAGGUGCUUGCUACACACGAGCGAUAGGAAAAGCAACAAUAACAGACUUGGUUAUUUAUGGAGCACCGGUAAUCUGCUAUGCACCAUUCUAGGCAUGGGGGCUGCAGCAGUGAAAAAGGUGAAAUCCCUUUCUCUCGUUUUGGAGAGGCAGAUAACAGUCGACCAAGCAUGUAGGCAUACCGCUGGAAUCCUGAGACUGCUUGGGAAACUGUCUAAUGCUUACCGUCCAAGGAAUUAUAUCUUUGCUGACAUGGAUGAAAUGAGUGCCCAUAAAAUAAGAGCUUUUGAAGUAGAUCGAGCUGAAAGAUACUCCAGUACCAUGGUUCCAGAGGUGUGAGUGGGCUGUGUGGCUGGCUGCUUCUUCCUGAGGAAACUGCGGCUGAAUGCUAGGACCAGCCUGCUGCCACUGCUGAUGCUCCAGGAAUGGUGCCUGAGGGCUCCCUGCGAUUCAGGUCUGGUAACUCCUCUCCACUUCUGAAUGGUCUCUUCCUCCCCCUUGCCCCUCAGUUCGUUGUCUAAGCUUGCCUUUGAUGCUCAGGGCUCCCAGCUUGUCACAAAUAUACUCGUUUCACUUGUUUUUUUCAGGUCUUUGUUGUAAAGAGGACUCGAGGGAAGCGUCUAUUCUGCCAUCUUGGCUCCGCCUCCUAAGGGUUUGUUUUUGAACUUUAAAUAAAUCUUAUCAUAGAUGUUCUUCUGUGAGUUGCUGUGUUUACUCAGUUUUUGGUUUUGAGACUCAUCUGUAUUCAUGUAUUAGCUGUAAUUCAUCCUUUCUUAAAUGAACAUGCCACAAUUGAUAGUUAUUUCAGGGGCUUUUCUGUGAAAACCGUGCUGCUUUGAACAUUCUUGUAGGAGUGUCCUGUACAUGUGGACGAGAUUGUGAAGGUGUAUGUCUAGGAGUAGCGCAGCUGGGUUCCAGGAUCCGUGCAGCUUUAACUUUUCAAUACAAUUCCUGUUUUUCCCCCCAGAGUGGCCUAUAAAUUUACACUGCCAACAACAUGAGAUAAAAGUUCCUUUUCAACACUCGGUACUGUCUAUUUAAUUCUUUUUCUAAUCUGGAUGGGUGUAAAAUGAUAUCUCACAUUGGUAUUAAAAAAAAAUAAUAAAAUAAAUUUGAGGAUCUUGUCUCUUCUUUGAAGUGCCUGUUGUUGACUUUGCCCAUUUUUCUAUUGGUCUUUUCAUUGUUGAUUUGUAGGAGAUCUUUAUUUAUUCUGUACACCAAUCUUUUGUCAAAUUAUAUAUAUUUUCUCCCUACCUAUCCUUUUACUGUUUAUGAUAGACCAAAAUUUUAUAUUUUUGUGUUUUUAUUUUUCUUUUGGCUCCCAAAUUUUCUAUUUUCCAUUAGGGCCCCAGAGUCAUAAAUUUAUACCUCUAUGGUAUUUUCUAUAACUUUUUAACAUUUUGCCUUUCACCUUUGUCUUUGAUACACUGGUAAGUGACUUUUCUGGGUAAUGUUUACAAGGGAUCUAAUUUGUGUAUAGAAGAAUAGCUGCCCCAGCCCAGCACCAUUCAGAGACAAGUCAUUUUCCCUCUGAUCUUCGGUGCCACUUUUGUUGUAUAUCAAGUUUCUAGGGAGGCUUAGGUCUGUUUCUGAGCCCUGGAUUCUGCUGACUGGUCCAUUUGUCUAUCCCUAAGCCAAAUUGCCUUAGUCUUAUUCCUCAGAAUUUUUUUUUUUUUUUAAUUUUCACAUUUGUCCUUAAUCUCAUCAUUUGAAACAGUGCCUGACACAUAAUAGAAAUUCUUUAAAUACAGACAGGCCCCAGGUUACAAAUGAGAUCCAUUUUACUCAGUCUGCCUUUACGUCAGAUUAGUAGGUGAUCUGAAACAAGUGCAUGCGGCUCUUUUUGUGAGUGUGUGUGUGAUAUAUGUUUAUUCAUAAAAUUAUACAGUUUGCACUAGAUAAAAAUCUGCUUCCAUUACCUGUUAAAAGAGUCACUCUUCAGGAGUAUCUUAAUGUUCUUUCUCUUCCACGUAAGUUUUAGAAAUAGCUCUUACAAGUUCACUGAGAACCCUUUUGCUGUUUUGAUUAGAAUUAAAUUUAACCUGUACAUCUGCUUGGGGAGAAGUUCUGUCUUUAUGGUGAUGUCUUCCUGCCCAGGAACACAAUCUGUCUCCAUUCUUUGGGUCUUCUUUUAUGCUUUUCAAUAACAUUUCCUAAUUCACAAAAGUCUUAUACAUCUUUCAUUGUAUUUAUAUCUAGAUAGCGUGAUUUUUAAAUUAUUAUAAAUAAUGGAUCUUUUAUUGGAGUUUCUUGUGUUGCAAUGUACAGAAAGGAAAUUGAUUUUUUAAUACUAAUUUUAUAGCACCCACCUUGCAGCUCUCCUAAUAAUUUUUAAUAAUUUCUUUGUAGAUUCUUUUGUGUUAUCUAUGAAGAAAACCAUAUCAUCUACAAAUAGUAACAAUUGUGAUUCUUUCUUUGUAAUUCUUACACCUUUUGUUUUUCUCAUUUUUCUUGGUAGAACCUCCAGAACAAUAAAAAAUAAGAGCAAUACAGUAGUCAUCCUUAUAUUCUUCCUGAUUUUAAAAAUAAACUUUGAUUUUUACUUAAAAUGAUAAUUGGUUUCUCAUGUUUAUCAAAUGUCUUCUCUGUAUCUGAGAUGCAGAUCACCCCCGUUGUUCUUAGGUGCCAUGGGGUCAAUUCCUACUCAUAGCAACCUCAUGUGACAGAUUAGAAAUGCCCUCAUGGGGUUCUUGGUGUAAUCUUUAAAAAGAAGAUCGCCAAGCCUUUGUCCUUCAGAGUGGCUGGGUAGAUUCAAACCACCAACAUUUUGGUUAGCAAUCAAGUGCUUAACCGUUUGCGCCACCAAAAAUAAAAGAAAGAGUGCCUGGGAAUUCAAACUGUUAAACUUUUGGUUAGCAGCCAUAGCUCUUAAUCACUACAUGACCAGGGUUUCCUUUCCACCAUCAGGGCCAGCAGAAUUCCACAUUCUACAAGUGGUGAGGCUGUGACUGGUGAAGCACUUCUAGUUUUAAUCAGGAUUGACCAAGGAGCAGAGCACAGGAAAAAACCAGGGGGAAUAAUGGGUGCAGAGGGGUGUUCACUUGUCCUUCAAGUACCUGGCAGAAGCUCUAUUCAUGGAAGUAGAUGAAGAAGUACCAGGAAGUGACAUAUGAGUGAGGGAGCAAUGGGUUCCAGACUGGGAGCUACCGAUAACCAGCUCUGUGACCUUGGCAAGCCGACCUCUCUGGGCCUUAGUGUUGGGCUGUGAAAGGAGGAGUCCUGGCUGAGAUCAGGGAUCGCAGCUAGCCACCGUGAUACCACAAGUGGCUUUCAUGUCUGACUUGUCAAAGACAAGAGAAUCUGCCACCUCAGACUGCCCACUCUAGGACAUGCCAGCACCUGCCUAGGAUCUAGAUUUCUGAAUACUGCCUCUUCUACAUUCCUACUUGUCUCACUGACUGCCCUCCCACUUGCCAGGUGAACCCACUGUCGCAGGUCCACAUACAAACACUUUACAGAUGUUUUUCCAUAAAACCAUAAUAGUAUAAUUAGCUUUGCCUCGUAUUAUAAACAGGUAUUAGUGACUACAUGCUAGCUUCCCUUCACCUCCUAAUAAAAGAAGUUUGAUCUCUACUUAAACUUGCUGCAAUACUUUUUUCCAAUAAAGAACAUACAUGUAACCUUCUAAAUUUGUCCCAAUAGAUUAGGAAGCGUACAGGUGUGUAGGGGUCUCAAAAUUGACAGGGAAAGGUGUUGGUGUGAGGGAGGGGGUGCUGAUAAAGUCCUUAGGGUGUUGUUGAAGAGAUGGAUGGGCUGAAUGGAUUCAGAAAAAAAACUUCCUAGAUCCAGGCAGGAUUUUAAGGGAAAACUGGUCACCAUGUGUCCACCAACUCCAGGUCUGGCAGGCUUUUCAUGGGUCUUGCACACAUCUUGUUUUAUGUUUUGCAUCAGAACUCACUUCAGUAGCUUUAAUGUGUUUGUCAUCAAUCCAUUGUGGUUAAGGCUGGUAAGGUGUGUGUGUCUCCAGUGUCUCUCAACACAGUGGGUCUCACUGCUGUGCUGGCCCAUACCUGUGGAAAAUACUGUGCCACUCUUCCGAUGACACUACACCAGUUUGCUUCUUACAGCAUUCAGAACACACAAAAAUACAUAGUCUCCCAUGAAUUUUAACAGAUGAUGCCAACAAUUGCUUGGACUUGUCACUUUCAUCCAACAGACUCCAUUCAAAUGCAAAUGCAUAUUUAUAGACCUGGAGUUAAGGGCAACCUAGAAAGCAGUUUGUUCAAACCUUUAUUUAAUGGAGUCUUUUGGAACAUGUUUAUUUCUCUUACAAAGGAAACAGAAGAAAUCUGCAUAUUACAGCAGUACGCCCCGCCCCAUAAGAGCAUGUUUUACACACACGAGAACAGGACAUCUGGCUCUCUUGUGCAUGACGAACUGGUCUCCAAAUGCCCAGUGCACUUCAGAGUACAAUUUAAAACAGAUACUUUAGCAAUAAUUUGAUUUGACUCAAAUGGAUUAUUAAAAUUUAGAAAAGAAUCUGACUCAAAUACUUAUAAACUAGGUGGUUUUUAGAACUAGACUUUAAAGGUGUUAUUGGGUCAUCCCAAUAUCAAUGUGUGUAUUUAGGGAUGGUAAAACAUAACUAUUGUUUCUCUUAAUAUAGGACUAGUCCAUGAAAUAAUAAAAUUCAAUUUCAACUUGCUACCAGGUAUUGAAGCAUAAUUUAAGUAGGAAUUAAUUUUUUUUGUACUUAUAUAUAACUCCAUGUUUAGUUUUAAAUAAAUUCAAACAUUCCUCAUUAAAAAAAUUUUAGAUUCAAAAAUGCAGUAUUUAGAGACUCAAGCUCAUACUUUUUAAAUUCUCCCAAAUAAAAUAUCUCAUGCAAAAUUUAUGAUCUUGUAUACUACUUUGUUGAUUUUCAUACAUUUUUAAAGUUUCCUAAGAAGUUCUGUUUUCUA